AUGGGUAAGGUUACUCGCGCGUCUGUAACUCAUUCUCGUCUACACGUUCGCGCGUACGUCGCCGAGGCGUCGACGCCGGCGUCCACGUACGAUGGCACGGUGAUGUUUCACGUGUACGACACCCUGGACGAGCCCAGACCGAUCUUCGGGACGUUUUUAGAGGGCGCGCUGCACGUCAUCGAGGUGGCGCGGUUUCACCCGAACUUUGUCAGCGCGCACUUUCACUACGCGCUCGGGAAUGGGGAACAAAAAAUAGACUCGAAGACACCGAAUUCGUGCUUCAACGUCGCCCUGUUCGAGAGCGUCGCGCCUGGUGACGCGUUCGCCGUGUUCGAAGACCUCAUCGACGCGUGCGAGAUGGGACACGCGAAUCAAGUGGAGCACCUACUGGCUUGCAAAGAAGUGGCGACGUACGUCCCGAACGACGAAAGCGGGACGUCACCCUUUUCGAGGAUCCACGCAAAGAGGCUGGAGAUGAUCGAAGCCGGGAGAGACAUCCCUGUUUUCGGUUUUGAUGAGGCAAACGUUGUGCUCUUUAUCGGCGUCAAGGCGAAGAAUCCCUCCGAUGUCGCGACAGAUUCAUCCUGGGCAUUAAAGUUUGGGAUCUCGACCGCCCAAGCGCUCGUGGGGGCGGACAAGUUCCAAGACGCGUCCUUGUUUGAAGUUGUGAAGUGCUCAAAGCCGAGUGAGAGCGAUCACAGAUUUACGCACAUUGUUCGCGCGAGUUUAGGACCGGUCGCGUCGGAGGAAUCCUUGGUGAGCGCGGUGCAAGAAACCAUCCGCCAGGCUUGCGCCGCGAUCGACCCCGACGCUCUCAUUCUGCCGUACGCAUGCGUAUACAACAUUGGAAAGAAGGGUACGCCACCGGGUGCGCUACCGGCGGUUCGCGAAAUGGCAAAGAAGAAGAAGGACGCCGCUUUGGCAGAGUCACGGUGA